CGCAUUCCAUUUCCAGAACCCCUCUCUCUCUCUCUCUCUCUCUCUCUCUCUCUCUAUCUAGAAUUCAAACGGCCCGCCCAGCAUCCAUGGCGACCCCACCGACUCCGACCCAAGCCCCGACGCCGGCGGCGGCAGCGGCGGCGGCGGCGGCCCCGCCCCACCUCCCCCACAUGACCGACGAGGAGCUCCGCAAGGUGUUCGACCAGUUCGACGCCAACGGCGACGGCAAGAUCUCCGCCGCGGAGCUCUCCCAGGUCCUCGCCGCCAUGGGCUCCGCCGUCCCGCCCGAAGACCUCGACCGCGCUAUGGCCGAGAUCGACGCCGACGGGGACGGCUUCAUCAGCCUCCCCGAGUUCGCCGGCCUCUGCCGGUCCGGCCCCUCCCCCGACGCCGACCUCCGCGACGCCUUCGACCUCUACGACCAGGACCGGAACGGCCUCAUCUCCGCCGCGGAGCUCCACCUGGUGCUCAACCGCCUCAGCAUGAACUGCUCCGUCGAGGACUGCGCCCGGAUGAUCAAGUCGGUCGACGGCGACGGCGACGGCAACGUCAAUUUCGAGGAGUUCAGGAAGAUGAUGGCGUCGAAAGGCCCUGGUAAUUGACGACGGAUCCGUUCCUUCCUGUGCUGCAUCUCUCGAUUCCAAAUCCUGAUUGAUUUCAAUUCUAUUCGAUCCGCACAGCCUAGAAACGAUACAGAUAUACUAUCAUAUGACUGUUUUUUCGUUAUGAUUUACGCCUAAUCUGGAACGACUAUUCAAUUGGAUUCACAUAGACCGUAGAUCAGAUGCAUUGCUUUGUCAUGAAUUGAAUCGCUUUUCUCAAUCGAUUCCCACUUUUCCUUGCUGUU